UUCAUCCUUCCGCCCGGGUUUCCUCCCCGCCGCCGCCGCCGCCGCCGCAGACCGGCUCCCGGCUCGGCGCGGCGCGGCUCGGCCCCGCCAUGUCGCAGGUGCUGCCCUACGGCGAGGACAAGGUGGGCCGCUACGGCGCCGAGCCCGAGGCGGGGGAGCUGCCCUUCAGCUGCCGCCUGCAGGACACCAACGCCUUCUUCGGGGGCAACCAGGGCAAGCGGCCCCCCAAGCUGGGACAGAUCGGCCGCGCCAAGAGAGUGGUGAUCGAGGAUGACCGGAUAGACGAGGUGCUCAAGGGCAUGACGGAGAAGUCGCCGCCGGGGGUGUAAGCCGGGACCCGCCGCCAGGACCCGCAGGCCGUGCCCUGCUCCCAGCCCGCCCGGCCCUGCAUGCUGGCUGGACCGCCGACGAGGAGGGGGGGCCAUGCCCGUGCCCUCCCCCCGGCCCGGGGGGGACUCUGCGGCCACCAUUCCCCCCCCCGAGCCAUGCACUUUACCCCUCCACCUCCCCCGGGGAGGAGGACGCCCGCCGGGCCCCCCCACCCUGGGCAAAGACCCCCCUCCCCGGGGGGGUCCAGCCCCCCGCUCUGCGGCGUGUCCCCCCCAUCCUCCUUGGCGGGGGGUCCCCGAAUUCCGGGGCAGAUCCGGCCCCUCGAGCGGGGGGGAGCUGCUGUCCAGAGACAUUUUUUGCUCCAUCGUUUUUUGCAUGAGCUUGGUGGCCCGGGCGCCCGGUCCUGGGGCCGAGGGUCAGCCCCACCACUCCGGCACGCUUCUUUUUAAACAGAAACUCCUCAUAUUUGUAUUUUUAUAUCCGAAUCUUUGUUAAAAACGAUCUGCUGACGUUGAGAUGUUGAAGUAACCGCAUCAGGAAAACAAACAAACAAACGGUUCAUAUUUUUUUCCAUAAGAAAAAAAAAGACAAAAAAAGAAGAAAAAACCGAGGGGGAAAAAUAAAGGGGGGGGGGGCGAGAGAGACGGAGGGAGCGUGAGGAAAGACAAAGAUGCAGGGAAGGGGAGGGGGGACCCCUGGCCUGACCCUCACCGCUGGCAGCGGGACCAGCCGGAGAGUUUGGCAGCACCAUUGGCCACCGCAGUCCCCUUCCCAGCAGCACUGGGGCCAGAGCCCUUUGGGGUGGCUGUGUGUGCCGGGAGGUCCCAGCCCUGCCCCUCGCUCGAGGGUCGCAGGGCCGGGGGGGGGGAGCGGGGAGGGCAGAGGCCGGCCUGAGUCGUUGUUUUUAAUUUUGUACUUUAAUUUAAUUUUAUUUUUUAAGAAGCUUCUCGGGGGGGGUCUGAUGUGCAUGAGAAACUCAUCAUCUUUUUCAAUAAUCUACGAGUGGCAUUUACGGAGACAACAACGCAAAAAAAAAAAACCACAAUGAAAAAACACCAAACAAAAAACAAAACCAAGAAAAAAAAAACACAAAAAAAAAGAAAAAAAAAAGAUACUUGUGUCAUGAUGUUCUACAAAUGAUCCAUUGUAAAUUUAAAUGCCAUUUUUCACUGUACUGGUGAACAAAAUGCAAUGAAUAAAAUACAUUCAUGUACCGA